AUGCAGACGUAUGCGUUUGUUUUUCAAGCUUUUUGCUCAACAGGUACUUGGCAAUCAGUUUAUCAAAAACCGUUUCCUUUGAUAAAUAUCAUAUGUCCUCCUAGUUGUAUUGACACCUACUGUGAACCUACAACUUACAGAACAGUUGAAUUGUAUUUCAGUUUUAUGGAACAGAAUGUAGAAAUAAAAUGCUUCCAAAUGGCAGUAUCGGUCAUUGUUCUUCAUACAAUCGUAAGAGCCGGCUUAAUGACGACUGAUAAAAGCGCAAAGCAUAUGUGUACGGCAAUGCUAGCUGUAACUGCAGCAGCUGUUAUCGCAACCUUCGCUUAUUGCUAUUAUAAGGGAGGCAAGUGGCCAUUCGAGAAAGUCUCUCGCAGUGCACCUGAUCAUGAAUAG